AAUUUUCAAACGCCGGUAGUAGUGCAGCUUGCGAUCGCUGUCUGACUGUUUUACCCUGAAAUACGCCAACUCUCGCCAUGUCAACUGCGCCGUUAUUACAAUGUUAUAACAAAGGAUGUGGACAGAAAUUCAGUCCCGAUGAAAACGAAGCAAAUGUAUGCCAACACCACCCAGGUGUCCCUGUGUUUCAUGAUGCCUACAAGGGCUGGUCAUGUUGCAAAAAGCGAACAACAGAUUUUACAGAGUUCCUGCAUAUACCGGGAUGUACUAAAGGUCCUCAUAACAAUGUGAAACCACCAAAGCCUGAAACUACAACUCCGGAAGCUAAAAUGAAGAAUAAUGAGGAAAUAAAGGUUGUAGUUCAGAAACCACUGGAACCCAUGCAAAGACCAAUUGUAGAUGAACCUAGGAAAAAAUUACCAAUGACUGUAUCCCAAUCUUUGAAAGUUGCUUUGGAGCGGGAAAAAGCACAAUCAAAUGAGAUAGAACAAGAUGUAGGUGAAGUAGGCACAGCGGCAGUCAAAGUAGGAACUAUAUGUAAAAAUGGCGGCUGUGGCCAGCCAUAUCAAGAUGAAAGUAGUAAUUUUAAUUCCUGUGUUCAUCAUCCUGGUGUUCCGGUUUUCCAUGAAGGGAUGAAAUAUUGGUCUUGUUGUCAGCGGAAAACAAGCGACUUUGAUAAUUUUCUGCAACAAGCUGGUUGUAGCAAUGGUAAACACCUGUGGAUUAAAAAGGAUUUUAAAAAAACAUUGUGUCGAUAUGAUUGGCACCAAACUGGAAACUUUGUUUUUAUAUCCGUAUUUGCUAAAGUUGCCUGUCCACAACUAACAUAUGUUGAAGCCAAUCAGACCUCUGUAUUCAUCAGUAUAGUAUUUGGUAAAGAGGAGAAUCAUUUUCAGGAAGAGAUAGAACUUUAUGGGGUAAUAGACCCAAAGCAAAGCACAGUCACCAUGCUUGGGACCAAAGUGGAAGUCAAACUCAGGAAAUCAGAAGUUGUCUCAUGGAAACAAAUAAAUCACAAACCUGAGAACAAUAAAAAUUAACUUAACUACAGGAUAUCAAUAUCAGUAUAUCGAAAAUAUCAAUGGCUGUGAUUUGAAAUAGUGUAAAUACAUCACUGUUUUUAUAUAAACUAAGAUGGGAAGGGGUUUACUAUCCAUCUUAGCAUGAAUUCCAUAAUCAUGUGACUAUGAUAUUCUGUUAUUGGUCAUGACUCCCCAAGAUUGCAGUGUGCUGCACAUUUUAUUGAACAAAAUAGAAAUAACUUUCUUAUCCAAGUUUACAUGUUUCAAUUUCUUCAGAAGGUUUAUACAUAAUUAAGCUUUCAUACUGGAGAACUUUAUAUAGUUUGAUGCACUGCACUGCACUGCACUGUUUGUUUUCUACCCCUGACUAUAGUGGAAAGUCCUAAACAUUUAUUACUUAUUUUAUGCCAUACUAGUCAGGCUCCAUAGUUUGAAUUCAUUUCACG